AUGAUUCAAAAAUCCCACCGGAGCGAUCGCCGGUUUCUUGAAUUCCCGGCGGUCCAUCCCUGCGAAGGCAUAUCUCCGGCGACCCUUCUGGAAUCUCUGAUCAAUAUUUCAAAAUCCAUCUGCAUCAUACACCAAUCGAAACCUUUCCCGACCCAGCGCAAAAACGCCCGCGAAACUUCUCGCCAGAUUUCGAUCCUGUCGAUUUUCUUCGAGGAGAUUCGCGACCAACUGCCGGGAAAUUUAUCCGACGGCUCCAUCGUCCUCUGCCUGUCGGAUCUCCACGUGGCGGUUGUCCUGUUCGACGAAUGCGAUUUCGCGUGUGCUGAGGUGUUCGAGGGGCGAAAUAGUAAUUUCGAGGCGCUGAGCUGUCUGAACCUGGAGGAUUUCCGGUGCCCGAUAUCGUUGGAGCUGAUGACUGAUCCGGUCACGGUUUCGACUGGGCAGACUUACGAUCGUUUUGGUAGUGACAGGCAGAAGAGAAAGGCGGCCCACGAAAUUCGUCUUCUUGCAAAAUCGAAUAUUUAUAACCGAACGUGCUUAAUUGAGUCGGGUGCCAUUUUUCCUCUUCUUGAGCUGCUCGAUUCUGAUGAUCCAGCAAUGCAAGAGAUCGCGAUAUCCGGCUUGCUAAAGCUGUCGAAGCAGCCGAAGGGGGCAAAAUCGAUAAUCGAAAAUGGCGGGUUUAGUUCAGUUCUCGAAGUGCUGAAAAACGGGCUGACACCCGAAUCCAAGCAAACUGCAGCCGCCACUAUAUUCUACCUCUCGUCAUCUCACGAGAAUCGUAAGCUGAUUGGAGAAAAUAAAGAAACUAUUCCCAGUUUGUUGGAACUUGUCAGAGAAGGGACUUCUUGCGGAAAGAAAAACUCGGUGGUGGCUAUAUUCGCACUAUUGUUCUACCACAAAAACCGGCAGAGGGCAUUAUCGGCAAAUGCUGUGCCGAUUCUAAUAAAGCUAUUAGAGUUGCCCGAAAGAACCGAGCUUAAAGCUGAUACUUUAGCCGUUUUGUCUGCAUUGGCCGAUAGUGUCGAAGGGUCGUUUGAAAUCGUUCGGGCAGAUGGUUUAACUUUGACUUUGAGGUUAUUGCAUUCUAUGGAGACACGCGCGGGAAAAGAAUACUGUGUCUCGAUUUUGCAUUCUCUGUGCCUUAACUGUGGGCAGGAAGUUGUGAGUGUCUUGGCUAAGGAUGUUUCACUUAUGCCGGCUCUUUAUUCUCUCUUGACGGAUGGGACUUCACACGCUUGUAAGAAAUCACGCUCGUUGAUCAAGAUUUUGCAGAGGUUUUUCGAGACGAGGUCUUUUUGUUUGGUCGGGGAGACGAGGCAAGAACGCGUUUUCUAUUUCUCUCCGAAUAAUACCCAUAAAUUAAUUCGAAGUUUUCAUCCUCUGCGCGUGCGAAAAUACAUUUGCAGACUGAAAAUGGCGACAGAACAACCCAAACCCGCUACAGAGGGAGCAAAGGUCGAUCUUUUCGAAGACGAUGACGAGUUUGAAGAGUUCGAAGUUGAUCAAGAGUGGGAUGAUGACAAAGAAUUAAAAGAAAUUACUCAGCAAUGGGAAGAUGACUGGGAUGAUGAUGAUGUGAAUGAUGACUUCUCUCUUCAGCUGAGAAGGGAACUCGAAGGCAAUACCGAGAAGAAAUGA